AAUACGAGGAUACGAUGCGACCGCUUAGAGUUACCGGGACCGGGAGGGGUCAUAUGCUCAUUGCUUAUCCGAUCGGCUCUUGAAGACAGGGUAUAAAGAGGUUAGGAUAGCCUCAUCUGCUCCUUCUUGUUCAACAAUUGAAGUCUCGAAUUAAUGCCUUCUAAGGACGUUGUCGCGAUGCACCCACUUGAUCCUCUCUCGGUUUCCGAGAUUCCGUUCGUUGCGGAUUUGCUUCGUCAGCAUACACCCCUUGAUCUUUGCUUCAACACGAUCACGCUCCAUGAACCCGCAAAAACUGAGCUCCUAGCCUAUUUCGAAUCCACCGGACCCAAACCGGAUCGUAAAGCAUUGGUCAUCGCUCUCGAGAAAGGUACUCCCCAGGUUCACGAGGCCAUUGUCAACAUCACCACUUCCACUGUCGAAAAAUUCGCUUAUCGACCGGGAAUGUGUCCCACGAUCUCACUUGAGGACCUGGAAAUGGUCGAGAGUAUCGUGAGGAGUGAUCCGGGGGUAAUUGAGCAGUGUAAAAUUUUGGGCGUGGAGGACAUGAGUAAGGUCUAUUGUGAUGCAUGGACGAUUGGAUUUGAUAAGAGGUGGGGGGCGAAGAGGAGGAUGCAGCAGGCGUUAAUGUACUAUAGGGAGUCUCCGAUGGAUAACCAGUACGCUCACCCGCUUGACUUCUGUCCCAUCGUCGACACGGAUGCGCAAAAAGUCAUCGAGAUUGAUAUCCGCAGCGUCAAUGGCGAGCGUACUCCUAUCCCGAACAAACAAUACAACUACCUCCCCGAAUUCGUCGCAGAGACUUAUCGCCCCGACCUCAAACCCAUCAACAUCACCCAACCCGAAGGCGUCUCCUUUCAGAUGAACGGAAACGAAGUCGAGUGGACUGGGUUCAAGUUCCACAUUGGCUUCAAUGCGCGUGAGGGGAUUGUGUUGAGUAAUAUCCGAUAUGCGGAUCCGCAGGAGGGAGGGAAGGAUCGCUCGAUGUUUUAUCGAUUGUCGAUUGCGGAGAUGGUUGUGCCGUAUGGUGAGCCUUCUGCGCCGCAUCAUAGAAAACAUGCGUUUGAUGUCGGAGAGUAUGGGAUGGGAGCCAUGACGAACUCGCUUAAGCUUGGGUGUGACUGUAAGGGCUCGAUUCACUACCUCGAUGGAGUGUACUCCAACCGUCGUGGUGAAGCGGUCGUCAUUCCGCAGGCGAUCUGUAUCCAUGAAGAGGAUGCCGGGAUCCUGUUCAAGCACACGGAUUUCCGUGAUGGAAAGUGUGUCGUGGCAAGGAACCGAAAGUUGGUUGUUAGCCAGGUCUUCACGGCUGCGAACUAUGAGUACUGCAUCUACUGGAACUUCUUCCUUGAUGGUACGAUUCAGGUGGAGCUUAAGCUUACCGGUAUGCUCAACACAUACUGCCUACACCCAACGGAGGAAGCUGCACCUUGGGGUACUGAGGUCGGUGAGCGUAUCACGGCGCAUAACCACCAGCAUAUCUUCUGUCUACGCAUCGACCCACAGGUCGAUGGCGUGAACAAUUCGGUUAUGCAGUCUGAUGCCAUGCCUUCUCCUCACCCUGCUGGAUCCGAGGAGAAUCCUUACGGAAACGCAUUCUUCUGCCAGAAGACUGUGUUGAAGACCACGGCGGAAGCAGCCUGCGACUAUAAUCACGAGACGAGCCGUACGUGGGAUAUUGUGAAUCCGUCUAAGAUGCAUCCGACUGCGAAGAAGCCCGUUGCUUACAAGAUCGUGUCGCGGGAGUCUCCGCGUUUGUUGGCGCAGCCUGGGAGUCUUGUGUGGAAUCGUGCUGGGUUCGCGAGACAUACCUUUUGGGUCACUCCCUACAAGGACGAUCAACUUUAUCCCGCUGGUCGUUAUGUGCCGCAAACGUCUGGUUUGGAGGACGAUCUCGAGGGCAAUUUCAAUAUCAUUACAUGGACCAAGGAGGCGGCGAACAUUGAGAAUACUGAUGUUGUGUGCUGGUUGAACUUCGGUUUGACGCACUUCCCACGAGCGGAGGACUUCCCGGUCAUGCCGACGGAGCCUGUCAGCAUCCUGUUGCGACCGACGAACUUCUUCAAACAGAAUCCGGCGUUGGAUAUCAGGCCUUUGCAGGCUCAGGGCGAGAGUCAGUAUGCUUUUGAGAACGGGAAGGAAAACGGAAAUGGCGAGGUCACGGAGGCGAUGAAGAAGUGUUGCGUGUGA